CAAAAUCUCUGAAGCUAUAGAACUGGAUAUAUACAUUUUUUUGUUCUCUCUUAUUCAUGUGCAGGAUGGCUGCUGCUACUGCAUCUAUCUUUCUCCAAGCCCCAGGGAGCUCCUGAUCUUUUAUGUUUGGGAUUCCACUCCGCAGCUUUGCUAAGGACCAGUUGAUAGCAUCAAUGAGGACUGCAUCUAAGCUUCCAGUCUCCAGCAGGUGAAUGGGACUGGGAGACGAAAAGACCAGUGGAAGAGAGAAGCUUGUUUUUUAUGUGGUUAUUAGUAACAACUCACCUUUUGUUUUGUGAUGCUGAGGCUUGUGGAGUACCAGCUAACGUGCAGUGUAGAAUCAUUCAGCUGUGACUGUCUUGGGCUAUCAAUGGAAUCUUAAACAAAGCUAAGGAAAUCCCAGGGAAUCCCAUAUUAACUUAACUUUGAGGGGAUUUUGUUUCUAACAAUGACACAUUACUGGCUGUCCUUGCGGAGUAUGGUAUUAGAAUACUGGGCAGUAUUACUCUGCUAUGUCUUCUGGCUUCAGAACUGUCAAGGAAUGCCACACGUUAUCCGCAUAGGAGGUAUCUUUGAAUUUUUGGAAGGACCAACUGGGCAAUUUGUGAGUGCAGAAGAACACGCAUUCAGGUUUGCAGCAAACAUUAUCAACCGAAACAGAACGUUGUUACCAAACACAACACUUACUUAUGACAUUCAGAGGAUUAACCUGUAUGACAGCUUUGAAGCCAACCGUAAAGCUUGUGAUCAACUGGCACUAGGAGUUGUUGCCAUCUUUGGCCCAUCUCACAGUUCCUCAUCAAACGCUGUCCAGUCUAUCUGCAACGCAUUGGAAGUGCCACACAUCCAGGUUCGAUGGAAGCACCACCCUCUAGAUAACAGGGAUGCUUUUUAUGUCAACUUGUACCCAGACUACGCUUCUCUCAGCCAUGCAAUCCUGGACCUCGUACAGUUCUUGAAGUGGAGGUCAGCUACAGUGGUCUAUGAUGACAGCACAGGUCUUAUCCGCCUACAGGAACUCAUCAUGGCCCCUGCUCGAUACAACAUUCGUUUAAAAAUCCGCCAGCUUCCCCCAGAAUCUGAGGACGCCCGUCCCCUCUUAAAAGAGAUGAAAAGAGGAAGGGAAUUCCGCAUUAUCUUUGAUUGUAGUCACACUAUGGCAGCUCAGAUUCUCAAGCAGGCUAUGGCAAUGGGCAUGAUGACUGAAUACUACCACUUCAUCUUCACUACACUGGAUCUCUACGCAUUGAAUCUGGAACCAUAUCGUUAUUCUGGGGUGAACUUAACUGGUUUCCGGAUUUUAAAUGUGGAGAAUCCAUAUGUUUCUGCAAUUGUGGAGAAAUGGUCAAUGGAACGGUUACAAGCAGUCCCAAAGAUAGAAAGUGGCCUACUGGAUGGAAUAAUGACGACAGACGCUGCUCUGACAUAUGACGCAGUCCAUAUCGUGUCCGUUUGCUAUCAGAGGGCACCACAAAUGACAGUCAACUCCUUGCAGUGUCAUCGGCAUAAAGCCUGGAGGUUCGGCAGUCGCUUCAUGAACUUCAUCAAAGAGGCCCAGUGGGAAGGACUGACCGGGCGUAUUGUAUUCAACAAAACCAGCGGGCUAAGAACAGAUUUUGAUCUGGAUAUCAUCAGCCUAAAAGAAGAUGGCCUGGAAAAGGUGGGAACAUGGAAUCCUUCUGAUGGUUUGAACAUCACAGAUGUCUCUAAAGGACGAGGUCCUAAUGUCACACAGUCCUUGACCAACCGCUCGCUCAUUGUCACAACAGUGUUGGAGGAGCCUUAUGUGAUGUUUAAGAAGUCAGACACACCUCUUUUUGGCAAGGACCGUUUUGAGGGCUUUUGUAUUGACCUUCUGCAUGAAAUAUCCACUACUCUUGGGUUUACAUAUGACAUUCGUUUGGUUGAAGAUGGAAAAUAUGGAUCACAGGAUGAAAAGGGCCAGUGGAAUGGUUUAGUCAAAGAGCUCAUUGACCAUAAAGCUGACCUGGCAGUGGCCCCUCUUACCAUUACCCAUGUCCGUGAAAAAGUCAUUGAUUUCACUAAGCCCUUCAUGACACUGGGAAUCAGCAUCCUUUACAGGAAGGCCAACGGAACGAGUCCCAGCGUAUUUGCCUUCUUGAAUCCGCUGUCACCUGACAUUUGGAUGUACAUACUCCUUGCCUAUCUGGGUGUGAGCUGUGUUCUGUUUGUUAUAGCCAGGUUCAGUCCUUAUGAAUGGUACGAUGCUCAUCCUUGUAACCCAGGAACAGAUGUUGUCGAGAACAACUUCACCCUACUAAACAGCUUUUGGUUUGCAGUUGGUGCGUUAAUGCAACAAGGAUCUGAGCUGAUGCCCAAAGCUCUGUCUACGAGAAUCAUUGGAGGGAUCUGGUGGUUUUUUACAUUGAUCAUCAUAUCAUCCUACACAGCUAACCUUGCCGCCUUUCUCACAGUAGAGAGAAUGGAAUCCCCCAUUGACUCCGCCGAUGACUUAGCAAAACAAACAAAGAUAACUUACGGAACUGUUGUUGAUGGAGCCACCAUGAAUUUUUUCAAGAAAUCUCGUAUUUCAACCUUUGAGAAGAUGUGGGCAUUCAUGAGCAGCAAGCCUUCAGCACUUGUUAAAGAUAACGAGGAAGGCAUCCGAAGAGUCCUUUCAUCUGACUAUGCUCUUCUAAUGGAAUCAACAGCCAUUGAAUAUAUAAGCCAGAGAAACUGCAACUUAACACAGAUUGGGGGGCUCAUAGACUCGAAAGGCUAUGGAAUUGGUACACCCAUGGGAUCCCCAUACCGAGACAGGAUCAGCAUUGUUAUUCUUCAACUACAAGAGAACAAUCAGUUGCAUGAAAUGAAGGAAAAAUGGUGGCGAUCUGGAGGCUGCCCAGACGAAAAAAUUAAAGAAGCCAGUGCACUUGGCAUCCAGAACAUGGGUGGGAUCUUUAUCGUGCUAGCAGCUGGACUCAUCCUCUCUGUGGUGGUGGCUAUGGCAGAAUUUAUUUAUAAGCUACGAAAGACAGCAGAGAGAGAACAGAGAUCUUUCUGCAGCACAAUGGCAGAUGAGAUCCGGCUGUCUCUUACUUGCCAACGUCGCAUCAAACAUAAAUCACAGCCUCCUGUCAUGGUGAAGAGCGAUGCUGUUAUCAACAUGCACACUUUCAACGACAGGAGACUACCAGGCAAGGAUAAUAUGACCUGCAAUACUGGAUUAACGCCUGUAUUCCCAUAAGACUACCACAGACCAGAUGAUUAGGCAUCAGACCAGAGACUCCAUCUAACCAUCAUGUCUGAUGUCCUGCUCAGCACUUCUUGACUAUCAAGGAGGCCACAGCUGUGCGUUGCACCGUCCACAUGUUCUACGGCCAGAAGUCUCCUGUUUACAGACAAAACUUACAGGCAAUCAAUUGCCAAGUUAAAUUAAUCCUCAGUGGAUAUUGAGAAGCUACAACAAAGUUUGUAGCUUUUCUGAGCAUGGCAAUAAAAUUGAAAAUGACCGAUCUCUUUCCCCUUUUGUGUUUGUGCUAGUGUUGAAGCAUUGACUCCAAGUUUGAAGGACUGAUUCUUUCUUGUCAUACACAGCACAUUAUAUACACACAUGAUCAACUCUCUCUGAGCUGCUCCUUCUGGUAGGUUGCUCAGCAGGUACUUAUACCUCAAAGCUGUGCCUAUGAGGAUAUUGCAAGUGGCACAGACUAUUGGUAUUUAAGAUAUGUCUGAAUCAGACAGCUAUGAGGAUCUUUCACAGAACUGCGUCCUGAAGAGUGUACUUCAGAUCUAACGCAGAUUUGGGAGCCAAUAUGAGGCUGAGGAAGGGAAAUGUUAUUCCAUAAAGACAAGAUUUUCCUUUCCUCUGCACAAAUAACUGAGACUCAGCACGGACCUUCCACUUAAAAGGAAAUUUAUACAACACAUUGAUGCCAUUACACAGACACUUAUGUUGAUAUUUGAAUCUUUAUUUUCAGUUCAAAACUUUCAUUCUCAUGUUAUUGUAUUUCAUACCCAAUGGGACCAACAUUCCCCAUCUAAUAAUGAACAUAACCAAAGACUGAAGCCUGCCUUUUAAAUGUUGAUUGUAACUAAUAGCCAACUAGGUACGGUUGAACAUAACUACAUCACUGCUCAAACAGGCUAAAGUUUUGGUCCUUUAUAUAAAUUACAGCUGAAUUGUGGGGAUUCCAUAAAGAAUGAGCUAUGUAAA